GCGUGGCGGUGCUUUGGUGGUUUCGGCGAUUUUCGGCUGGGCAAUGAGAAAGUGAAAGCCCAAGAAUCCCGGCAGUUCAUUUUCGAAGAAGAGCCGCGAUGGAUCCUCCUGGGGCUGCUGAUGGUCAUGGUGGUUGGCAUGUUCAUCGGCUUGCUGCUUGGGCUGGUCAUCGGCCUCGCGGGCAUCGUCGUCUUCGAGGUGGCGCUGCUGCUGCUGGCGCUCUUCAUCUUGUACGACGCCUACGACUUGACCUUCCUCAAGAAGUCGGGGGCCCAGGACAAGACCGGUUUCGCCUUCAUGGUGAUGACAUGCACGCUGCUGGUGCUGCUCUUCAUGGCCGCCAUGAGGUAUUCUGCCCUGAAGUGGAGUACCCAAAGUCGUUGCGCUGUCUUCAGCAUCAUUGGCGUGGCCUUGGCCCUGGUGGCCUAUGUCUAUGCGCGCUUGUGUUGCCAAGAGGACGAGAGGAAGCACCACUUGGGACCCUGCAGCCCGGAAGGGGAUGAACUCUUAGAAACUGCUCCCGCCGGCGCAGGGGGAGCUUCCGGCUUCGGAAGCGAGGGGAUGGCCACCGGUCGAGAGACAGAGCCGACUGCAUCCUGGAAGUCAUGGAGGAGUUGGAGGAAAUUCCUCCUGUGGAUUCUGCGAGGUCAAUGGGUCUUCGAAGUGAACGAUUGGUUGGUUCCGGCGGAUGAGGAUUGUGACCAGCGAGACCAAAUCAUUGUGCACAACCGGAGUUUGAAACUCAUUAAGGUCUGCCUCUACUCUUCCUACGACGUGGUCUGCUGGGUGCCCCUGGGCGGCAUCGCUGGCAGCUGCGUCGGCUUCAUCCGCUCCGGGGAGCGCCGCACGCUCACGCUGCCCCGGCCCUGGCGCAACAGCGAGGCAGAGCAGGAUUUUCGGCUCAAGGUCUUCAUGCCUGGUUUGCUGGACAAAGAGCCUUCUGCCGGGCAAGGACAGCUUACCCACUUCUUCCUGGAUUUGUUGUUGGCCUCGUACCACCAGGCGCGGCGCGGUCAAAGUUUCGCCUUCACCGAUGUGGAGGGCAUGGUGCGACGCUCGCGACUGCUCUCGUCGGAUGCGAUGUCCAAAGCUGUGGGUUUGGCGCCGCUUCCGAUUGAAAGCUCAGAAGAAGAGUAUGCAGCUUGCGCAUCUGCCAUGGCCAAAGAUCAGAAGUUCGACAGCCUCACGGGGCUGCGCCGCCGCAGCAGCGACCUCUCGCUGCAGAUUCAGCCGCUGAACGGCAGCCCCAGCGCUGCGCGCCGGGCGGCGCCCGAUGAGAUCGUGGUUCGCAACCGGAGUAGCGAAGAUGUGAGGGCAAUGCUGUUCCGACCAGAUGACUAUUGCUAUAUGGUGCCCGUGGUGGGGAAACUCCUGCAGUGUGGCGAUUGCAUUCUGCAGGGGGAGGAGAGAAGAUUUAAUCCAAUGGGGGACCCAAGCGAGGAGUACACUCUGAAGGUCUAUAGCGUGGGAGCGGCCUCAAAGGAACUCACAUACCUCACCGUUCGGCGUGGAAACGCCUACACCUUUUGCAGCCCCCGGGGAUGUGCGGACAUGUCUGAAGGCCUGUGGCCACAGAUUUUCCUGGAGUCGAAGUUCAAAUGGGUUGGUAGACAUUGUAUGUGUCCACUUCAGAUGUCAGAGAUUAGCGUCCCUGUGACGUGCCGACCGCGCGGUCAUGAGUGCAGACGAGCCGUAGCAUUCGCAUUUAAGAGCGGUGUGUCCCUCGGGCCAGGGGAAGAUGAGUGGAAGAUGAUCACAGCCGGAGAUAUG